AAACAACACAGCAGUACAGAAGCAUGGCGCUCAAGUCAUAAACCAGGGGAAGAUUGUGCCUGCUCUAACUGAUCAACAUGUCUGAGGAGCAGGAAGAGGCCGUACCAUGGGGCAAACCAGGAAGACCAGACUACCCUACACCCAGUGGCAUGUCUGUAAAGAGUGACCAAUCCAAGGAUGAUAUCCUCAACUUUGGAGCAAAAUCAGGAAGACCAGACUCUCCUAGUGGCCUUUCCAUGAGGAGUGACCGGUCCAAGGAUGAUAUCCUCAACUUCAGAGAAAAAAAUCCAGAACCAGGAAGACCGGACUAUCCCACACCCAGUGGCAUGUCUGUAAAGAGCGACCAAUCUAAGGAUGAUAUCCUCAAUUUUGGAGCAGAACCAGGAAGACCAGACUCUCCUAGUGGCCUUUCCAUGAGGAGUGACCAGUCCAAGGAUGACAUCCUUAACUUUAGAGACAAAAAAUCAGAACCAGGAAGACCAGACUACCCUACACCCAGUGGCAUGUCUGUAAAGAGUGACCAAUCCAAGGAUGAUAUCCUCAACUUUGGAGCAAAACCAGGAAGACCAGACUCUCCUAGUGGCCUUUCCAUGAGGAGUGACCGGUCCAAGGAUGACAUCCUCAACUUCAGAGACAAAAACAUAGAAGGGAGACCAGACUACCCUACCCCCAGUGGUGUAUCCUUCAGAAGUGACCAGUCCAAGGAUGACAUCCUCAACUUCAGUGGCAGACAACCAGGCUCUCGUGGAAGAAAAUCUGAUAGUAACCCUCCCAUUGACACUGGAGGAGGACCUGGAGAGCCUGUGGAUGAGCAGAAGAAGCUGAUAGCUGCUCUAAAGAAAAGAUACAAAGAAACCCUUACAGAUGGAGACAAAAGUCAUCCUAACCGGAGAAGCACAGAACAUAUCACUGGAGACGACAAAAACCCUGAGAAAUCCACUCAGGUCGAAGCAAUAUCAGAUAUCUUCAAAGAAAUGAAGGAGCAAAAAAUGAGAACUGUUCUCACUGUUGGAGAGACUGGGAUUGGAAAAUCCUACCAUGUGCAGAAAUUCAUAAAAGAGUGGGCUGCUGAGAGAAAUGAAGAAAUAUAA